GUUAUACUCCUCCCAUAUCCCAACGCAACAGCGGCGCGACGCAGCGCCAUGGAGACUGUCAAAGUACAGAAGGAACUAUGUUUACUGUUAUCCGCUAAAGCGCAACUGCUUCUCGCUUGGCGCCUUCUUUUGAUUGUGUCACUCGCUGUCGCAGACAUGGCAGACACAACAGCCAUGCCCACCAAAGACCGCGCUCUGAAAGGAAGGGAGGAAAAAAUGGUCGUGGCAGAGAAGCAUGCUGUCAAUGGCAACCCCACAGUGGAGCCGUUUCCAGAGGGCAUGGAGACCAUCAUGUUUGGUAUGGGCUGUUUCUGGGGGCCUGAAAAGCGCUUCUGGCAGAAAUCAGGGGUGUUCUCUACCCAUGUGGGCUAUUCAGGGGGACACACACUCAACCCCAACUACCAGGAAGUGUGCUCAGGUUUGACAGGACACGCUGAGGUGGUGAGGGUGGUCUUCUCCCCUGAGGACAUCAGUCUGGAGGAGCUACUCAAGGUGUUCUGGGAGAGCCACGACCCCACUCAAGGGAUGAAGCAGCAGGCAGACUAUGGAACCCAGUACCGUUCAGCCAUUUACACCUCCAGUCCCUCUCAACAGGAGCUGGCUCUCAACACCAGACAAGCCUACCAAGAGGUGUUAUCUGAGAAGGGCUAUGGAUCCAUCACCACAGAGGUCCUAGAGGGCCAGGAGUUCUUCUACGCGGAAGACUACCACCAGCAGUACCUGAAGAAGGUCCCCAAGGGCUACUGCUGUCUGAAGGGGACCGGGGUGAACUGUCCCAUCGGAGCUGAAGCAGACGAUGACAAAGACGAGCUGUGAAAAGAGAGAGAGAGAGAGAGAGAAAGAGGGUAGAGGAGAGAGAGAGAGAGAGGGUAGAGAGAGAGAGAGAAAGAGGGUAGAGAGAGAGAGAGAGGGUAGAGAGAGAGAGAGGGUAGAGAGAGAGAGGGUAGAGAGAGACAGGGUAGAGAGAGAGAGGGUAGAGAGAGAGAGAGGGUAGAGAGAGAGAGAAAGAUGGUAGAGAGAGAAAGGGUAGAGAGAGAGAGAGGGUAGAGAGAGAGAGAGAGAGAGGGUAGAGAGAGAGAGGGUAGAGAGAGAGAGAGUGGAUUGAAUACAAGGUGGGUUUUUCGCAGAUCUGAGUUUGUCGCUAUCCAGGUGGAAAUCAUGCUUUUUAAUUUUCCUGCUUCAUAUAGUCUCUUUAUGGCCAAGUUAGGAGAGUUGUUUGGACAAUCUUGACUUUCUAUAAACAAUCAGCAGUAGGUUGAAAAAUGUUUCCACUCCCUAAAGUGUUUCUGAACUCGCUUAGCAUUGUGUUCAUUUGACUAAUUGGCUAAAUCAUUUCAAAAGUAUUUAGCCAUCUGUAUGAACUCUAUUGUAUACAAUGAUAAUUGUAUUUUCUCAUUUAAAUUGAAGUGUUACAGUUCAAUAUAGCCCAUAUCAAGGUUAUUUUAUUAUUAUAUUGGUGCAUGAUGCCAUGAGACCUCUUUGUAUGCGAGGCUGAAGUACUGAUAGAAAUCCACAAGAUGGCAAUAGAUACCAACAAACUUAACCUCUCAACAAAACAGCUUCAGGAUUUCAUUCCAUCCACUCAAUGUGACAUCCUCACCCUUUAGGGCUAUCUUCCAUUAAGAGAGAGAUUAGUACCCUUUCCGUAGAAGGGAUUUGCACGUUGUGGUAGAAUAAUUUUUUACAUGUGUGUUGGAAUCACAUUAGUUUUCUCUCCUUCCAUUGUCUCAUUGCUCAGAAACAUACACUGAGUAUAUACCAAACAUUAGGAACACAUUUCUGAUAUUUAGUUGCCUUCAGAACAGCCUCACUUAGUCAGGGCAUGGACUCUACAAUGUGUCGAACACAUUCCACAGGGAUGCUGGCCCAUGUUGACUCUAUUGCUUUCCAAAGUUGUGUCAAGUUGGCUGGAUGUCCUUUGGGUGGUGGACCAUUCUUGAUAUGCACGGGAAACUGUUGAGCAUGAAAAACCCAGCAGCAUUGCAGUUCUUGACACUUCUCCCAUACCCCGUUCAAAGGCACUUAUAUUUUUUGCCUUGCCCAUUGACCCUCUGAAUGGCACACAUACACAAUCCAUGUCUCAAUUGUCUCGAAGGCUUAAAAAUCCUUCUUUAAACUGUCUCCUCCCCUUCACCUACACGGAUUGAAGUGGAUUUAACAAGUGACAUCAAUAAGGGAUUGUAGCUUUCACCUGGUCAGUCUAUGUCGUGGAAAGAGCAGGUAUUCAUUAUGUGUUGUACACUCAGGCUUAUGUGUGAGAACAUCCCUGGUUUUCAGCUAAACAAAAUCAAAUCAACGUUUAUUGGUCGAGUACACAGUUUAGCAGAUGUUGUAGUGGGUGCAGCGAAAUGCAUAUGUUACCAGCUCCUAAAAAUACCGUAAAAUGUUUUAUAAAAAGCACACAGGGCCUCCCGAGUGGUGCAGUGGUCUAAGACACUGCAUUGCAGUGUUAGCUGUGCCACUAGAGAACCUGGUACGUGUUCAGGCUCUGUCGCACCCGGCCGCGACCGAGAGACCCAUGGGGCGGCGCACAAUUGGCCCAGCAUCGUCCAGGUUAGGGAAAGGUUUGAGCGGCAGCGCACUAGCGAUUCCUGUGGCAGGGCGGGCGCAAUGCACGCUGACACGGUCGCCAGGUGCACGUGUUUCCUCCGACACAUUGGUGCGGCUGGCUUCCGGGUUAAGCGGGCAUUGUGUCAAGAAGCAGUGCAGCUUGGCUGGGUUGUGUUUCGGAGGAUGCACGGCUCUCGACCUUCGCCUCUCCCGAGUCCGUACGGAAGUUGCAGUGAUGGGACAAGACUGUAACUACCAAUUGGAUACCACGGAAUUUGGGAGAAAAAAGCACUAUGAAUCAAGAACAUUGGGACAAAGCCAAUUAAUAACCUAAAUAGCAUCGUAACAGUAGAUUUUAGACAAGAUAUGCUAUAUUGAAUAAAAAUAUGCAUGCAACAAUUUCAAAUAUUUUACUGAGUAACAGCUCAUAUAAGGAAAUCCGUGAAUUGAAAUAAAUGAAUUAGGCCCUAAUCUAUGGAUUUCACAUGACUGGGAAUACAGAUGCAUAUCAGAUGCAUCAUUUUUUUACGCAGGAAAAAAAGAUAAAACGCGUUUUGUAAAAACAGAUCUAAAAUGCUUCCAAUUGUAAUUUAUGCUCGUUAUCAGACUGAUUGUUUGCCUCAGUUGCACUUCUAAACUCUGAUGUGUAGCUUCUUUUAAAAUGCUAGAUUAACUUUAAGCAAAACAUUAAGGAAAUGUAGCUGGCUUUCUAUUAUAGCCCUAGAACAUUAGAAAUCUGAUGACCAUACAUAGUUAUGCAAAAAAUACCUUGCCUUUUCAUUGUAAGCUCAUUUACUUGUGUGGCUGCCAGCCAAACAGCGUUGCUGUUUGGAAAUGAAGCUAUUUUAUGUUGAAUGUGUUGCACUAAUGUAUUUUCUGUGAAGGAAAACUGUAGUUGCACGUCCCUUUUCACUCUAUUGAAGUAAAUAAAAACACAGUUGACUUUCAAUAUAAAACGUGACCGCUGUCACCUGCUCCUGCUUUCUACUGUUGUGCUAUUUACAAACAAACAUGUGACUGGCUCAACUGUGCUGGGGAACUAAAUAAGCUUCAUAAUGCAAAAUAAUGUGACGGAUAAAAUGAAGUAUGUGAUCUUUAUCUCCUAACGUAUUGCACAAGUUGACUGCAGGUAUUUACUUAAAAAAUAGCUACAAAUAUGAAAUGUAUCACAUGUAUUGAAAAACUUCAAAUAAAUAUUUUCAACAGUA